AUGUCUAAGAGGCCAUGUCCAGCUGAAUGUUCAGAAGAUUUUAUUGAUAGCAAUUUCAGUAGUUCUCUAAAUUUUCUCGUUGACUCCAACAACGCCAACAACAACGCCAACAACAACGCCAACAACAACGCCAACAACAACGCCAACAACGGUAUUAGUAGUAAUAGUUAUAAUUAUAGUAACUGCCCAAGUCCCAGAAAACGUUCGCACCGUCAUCUGGUGGGAUCGCAUGACUGCAACAAACAAAUGAACAAGUUUGGCAAACUGAGUGGCCGCUAUAACGACCACAACGACGAGAAUUCUAACGAUUUUCAGUUUUAUUUUGCUCCUCCCAACAACAGCAACACCAACAACAGCAUCAAUUGCAGCAACAACAACAGCAACAACAUCAAUUGCAUUAGCAGCAGCAACAACAAAACAAGCAGCAAAAUUAAAAAGCCCAACAGUUUGAAUCUGUCAACAAACUACAACAGCAACUACAACUUCUAUCUAGAUUGCGUCAACAACAGCAGCAGCAGCAACAAAAAUGAAAACACCAACCUAACUAAGUCGCCUUCGAAACCUGCCUCAAUCUUUCCUACAGAACUUUCUUCAUCAGCGGUAUCGGCAGCGGCCUCAGUUUCUUCGCCUACUUCAAGCACAACAGCUGCAACAUCGAUGAAGCACAAACUUCCAAACCAGCCUCGCCAACAAAUCCCCAAAAAGCCAACCCUCCUUCCGUUAUUAUCAUCCCACUUGCCUGCUAAUCUCAAUCUCGUCGCAGACAAACAACAUCAACAAAAUCAUCAGCCACAGCAGCCACAACAUCACCGACGGCAGUACAUGCGGCAGCUUUCGCUACGACAGCCACCAACGUACAUGUCUCUAUCUUCGCCGGCGGACGAUGGCCCGUCGAAGAUUCUAAACUUUUUGUAUUUGGGGUCUCAAGCUGAUGUCGAGGAUGAAAGCGUUAUGAAGGUCUGUUUCGAUGACGAUGAUGAUGACGUCAUUUAUGAUGAUGAUGCCAUUAGAGAUGAAUGA